AUGGUCCUCAAGCUCUACAGCGCAAACCACCCUAUCGGCGGCUCCCUGCUCGUUGGGGUUGUUCUCAGCGAGCUCCGCGUGCCGUUUGAGCUUGCCCAGCUCGACCUUAGUGUGCCCGCCCGAGAACACAAGACCGCCUCAUAUAUGGCAUUGCAGCCAUUCGGGCAGGUCCCCGCCAUCGUGUGUCCGCCCCACUCGAAACUAUCCCGUUCACUAACCAUUCGCGCGGGACGACGACGGCUUCGUCCUCUACGAAUCGCGCGCGAUCUGGCUGCGGCGCUCUUCGAGCAGGCCGCCUCCGUGGAGUACUCGCAUUUUCAGCCGCACGCCCUCAAGAUAUACCUCCACGGCUAUCUCUUUCCGAAGAUAAACUUACCAUACGAUCUACUGGAGCUGAACACCGCAAAGACCGCGCUCGAUGUGACGCUGGAUGUUUACGAGGCGACACUUGGAAAACAGGCAUACCUCUGCGGAAAUGAAAUAACCUUGGUCGAUCUUUUCCAUGUCGCAUUUGGCGCCCACCUGCUCGCAGCCGGCUACGAUGGUCUCGGCACAUCACAGCGGCCCAAUGUUCAGCGGUGGUGGACGAUGGUGUCAUCUCGUUCAACUUUGACGCAAUACCAGAGCGGAUGGAAGGAGAAUUAG